UGCCCUUUUUCUGCCUCCCGCGCGUCCCACAUUGGACUGAUUGAAUUCAGUUGAACCCUCCUCCGCCGCCCGCCUUUCCGUUCACUCACACCCGCCCUCGUCCCCUCGAUCCUUUCGUCUUUCUUUCUUUCUCCCCCUCUCCUCCAGACAAGACCCAUCCACCUUCACCCCCCCAUCGACAAUCCAGCAUCGACAAUUAAUCGCGUUCGGCACCACUGACCGUGUUGAUUCCAUCUAUCGCUUCUGAACCCAUAUACUGGGUCCGAUUCGGCUCUCCACCAUAGAAUCGAGGAAUCCGACUUCUACCACAUCGAUUAGCCCGUGGGCCAUGCACUAUUGCAUGGCUUAGCCCCUCACGAAUUCGAUAUCUUCCUCUCGAAUGACCCCCUCCCUCUCACCUUUGCUGCUUGGUAAACUCGAGACGCAUAGAGGCACGACCAGCCACAAACCACCAACAUCAUGUCUGAAUUCAACGGCCGUCGGGCCCCGAACUUCUCUCAAUAUUUGGAAGACUUGAAUGCGAUCCCAUCGCCAUAUGAUCAGGCCAUGCAGCAGCAGCAGCAGGACUCCUACAACUUAGAUGCCGAUCUUUCGCUAUUCACCAACACCGAAUUCUUCGACUUCGAUCACUUUGGCGACAUCAACCUGCCCGCUUUUGAUUCGGUGGAUGAUACUACGGUCAAGAGGGAGACCGCGCAGGAUGCGAAUCCCGACAUGGACUUCCUGAAUCUUCUGGGAGGCUUCGGCAAUGUCAACGACAUUUCUGCCAACGUAAAUGCCGUCAACACACAGUCUAUGCCCCCACCGAAUCCACAGUUUUCCGCCCUUCCGCCCUUGCCGAGUGCGCCCUAUAGUGUGAACCCCGCUCCUACCCAGGCAUCUUCGCAACAUUCUCCGCAAUCAUCGUCAUCUAUGUCCCCUCCCGCUGCUACCGCUGCCGCUCCUGUCACCGCAGCUUCCACCUCCAGCACGGCGGCAAAGCGUAAAAACACCCAGAAGACCCCUCCUAUGAGCGUUGAAGAAGUCGCGCGCAUUGCAGCGGAGGAAGACAAGCGCCGACGCAACACCGCCGCCAGCGCCCGUUUUCGUGUGAAGAAAAAAAUGCGUGAGCAGGCUCUUGAAAAAACUGUCAAGGAAACCACAGAGAAGAACACGGCACUAGAAGCUCGCGUCACCGCAUUGGAGUUGGAGAACCAGUGGUUGAAGAACCUCAUCACAGAGAAGAACGGACAAACGUCGGAAGAGGCCAAGAAGUCGGAGAACGACAUCGCCAUCAUGUUCCAGAAAUUCCUUGCCUCACAGCAGAAGGACGGCGAACGGAGUAGUUCCGACUCUAAGAUCGGCGUAGGCACUGCCUAGCACUGACUCUUUUUUGUUCAGUCCUUUGUCUGCGUGCGAGCAUGCCCUGUUAUGCUGGUUUCUCUUCGUCCUUCUCCGCUUUUCCUCCUGUAAAUGUUCUCUUCCAUGCACGGGAUUCUCCAUCACACUCUUCAUUUUGUCUGCUUCUGCUGUACGUUCGGCGUACGCGGAGCCUGUCUAUCAUUCUAGAUCCGAAGACAUAGUAUAAGAGGCGGUCAGCUGUUGCGGUGAUGGGCCCAUCGUGUUACUUGAGCCGCUAAGUGGGAUACAUGCAGUAACUCUCAGAUAAUAGCUGGCUUAACACCUUGUGAUGUUUUGUUACAAAAGUAUGAUAAUGCAUGAUACCGAAGCAAUGAUAUUUAACGUUCACCUUUCG